CUGACAUUAGUACACUCAUUAUUUUAUUUUUAACUUUUAUUGGCGAAGCUUUAUAAAUAUUGCAAUAAUUUAACAAUUUUAAGUGAUAAAUUAAGUUUUAUUUGUCGUUACCCUUUUUAUCAUCCAUUAAAUACCUACUCGUAAGAUAUAAUUUGAAAGAUAUAAAUCAAUCAUAACAAAUAAGUGAAGUGUCGUUAAAACAUUAAAUUAUAAACUCAAUUCGAGAAGUGUUUCUGAUGAUAUUAACAACUUAUCAAGUCCAAUGGUGAUGGCGACGGAUGUCUUGUACGCUGAGCAACAAGUUAGGCAUGAGGAACCAGAGGUUGACGGGGAGCUUGGGGAAGCAACAGCUCUGCACGAGCAACUCGUGAGACAUGUACUAGCAGUCAGCGGGGAGUUAGAGUCGCGGUCAGACGUAUGGGGCGAACACUCCUACGCCCGAGCCCACGGCCACGCGACCAACUCGCAAGUCCGCGCUCUGCUGCCCGAGCCCGACCCCGACCUCGAGCCCGACGACGUCAUCGACGUCCAAACGGAACAGCGCAGACCGCCAGCGCCUCCGCUCGACGAAUGCGACGACGAGCUCGACGACGAGGUCGGCGACGACGACGACGCGGACGACGACUGGGAGGAAAGACUGGUGGCCCUCGCGCCGAGCGCGGCGCACGUGCGACUCGCCAACGUGGCGCUGAGCGCGCUGCGCGACCUGCGCCUCGAGCGCCUGGCCGGGCCGCGCGGGCGCUGGGCGCGGCGCGAGGGCGCGCGGGCGGCGGCGCGGCGCCUGCGCGGGGCGCUCGCCGCGCACUGGGCCGGCGGCGCGGGCUGGCUGCACGCCGCGCUCGGCGCCUGUCUGCCGCGCUCGCUGGGCGCGCUGUACGCGGAGCUGGCGACGGAGCUGCGGCGCGCCCUGCCGCGCCUCGCCGACCGCCUGCCGAUGCCGCGCCCCGCGUCGCCCUACGUCGACCCGCUCUCGGCUGUUAACGAGCGGCGAUCGGCCAGUGAGCCGGGGCCUUGGCUCGCCUGGGCGCCGGGAGGGUGCGAAGCCGAGGACGAGCGGUGGGUGCGGCGUCUCGGGGCGGCGCUGCACACGCGCCGGCUCCGCACCGCGCCCGACGCGGGGCCCGCCCCGCCCGACCGCUGGUGCGCGGCGGUGGCUCACGACGCGCGCUCCGCCCUGGGCGACCUGCUGACAGAGGCCGGGCGCCGCGCGGUGAUCCUCGGCGGCGCGGGGGCGGGGGCGUCGCUGGCGGCGUGGCUGGCGGCGGGCGCGGGGGCGGCGGCGCGCGUGCGCGGGCUGCUGCUGCUGGCGCCGCCGCUGCUCACGGCCGAGGGGCCGCGCGACUGCCCCGACGACGUGCUGGAGGAGGUGGAGGUGCCGCUGCUGGCGGUGGUGGGCGGCGGCGCGGCGCAGUGCUGGCGCGGCGCGGCGGCCGAGGUGGCGAGCCGCUUCGGCGCGGCGGAGCGCGGCGCGCGGGCGGCGCGGCGCGUGCUGCUGCUGGCGGGCGCGGACGACGCGCUGCGCCUGCCGCGCUCGCACCGCCGACGCCUGCGUCUCCCGCAGCAAGCGCUGGACGCCGCCGUUGCCGAGGAGUGCGCGCGCUGGGCGGCGGAAGCGGCAGAGGGGCCAGCGGGGGCCCCGGGGGGCGCUGCGGCGCUGGCGGGUGGCGUGGCGGGGGCCCGGCGGCGCGGCGCGGAGGGCGAGGCGGCGCGCGCGACGCCCGGAGCUUCCCGGUCGGUAGACGUAAUAGAGGGUCGCGUCGUGUCGCGCGUGUCCGGGGGCUCGCCGCUGGCGCUCCUGCCGCCGCGCCGCGUGGAGUCGCGCGCCGAGCCGCGCGCCGAGCCGCUCGCCGUCGCCGACAUCAUGCAGCUGCCCAUCGUGUUCGCCGACGACGACCCCGCCGCCGCGCGCACGCUCGCGGACGCCGCUCUCGCGCCCGACGCCAGCCCGCUCACCGUGACCAGCGGCGCGCCGGGCGAGACGCGCGACGAGCGAUCGCGGCGCCGGCGUGGCGCGGGAGGCGGCGCGCUGCGCUACACGCGCGUCAUCGUGGCCAAGCGCGGUGCCGCCCGCCCCGCCGCCCGCGCCGCGCGCCCCCCCGCGCGCCCCGUGCUGCUGCGGCGCCGCGCUCCCCCCGCGCCUGCCGCGCCGCCCGCCGACUGUACUGAAAUUGAUUAUUAA